AUGAUUUGUUGGUCGUUAUGGAAUGCGAGAAAUGAUAUUGUGUGGCAGCAAAGGACUAGCUCGGUUGAGUACAUUGUUAAGUCUGCAAGAAUUUAUCUUGAUCAAUGGCUAAAAGCUCAAGAUAACAAUUUCUUUCUGUCAUUGGGACCUACCUAUCCUGGUGAUGGUUUGGAGCUUUGGACGAAACCUGAUGUAAACAGUGUCAAGAUAAAUAUUGAUGCAGCUAUAUUUACUAAUGAAUGCAAACUUGGUUUGGGAGCAGUGGUUCGUGAUCACCAAGGUGUUGUUUUAACAUAUCGGUCGUGGUGCAAGCAAGGCAAUUUGCAACCUGAUGUGGCUGAAGCAAUGGGAUUAAAGGAGGUCCUUAGUUGGAUCAAAAAUGCACAAUGGCAACGAGUGGUAAUUGAGAUGGAUAGUUUGGUGGUUGUGCAAGCUGUGAGAAGUUCUAUUUACAUGCCUUCUGUUUUUGGUUCAAUUAUUAAUGAUUGUAAAUUACUUCUCUCAGAGUUAUCUUUUGUCAGUUUGUUCUUUGUAAAGCGAUCUGCGAAUAAAGCCGCUCAUACAGUUGCUAGAGCCGCUCUUUUUACUGCUGAUUGUAUUUUUUCUGAUGUUGAUGCUACCUCGGAGUUAUUCUCUGUUUUGGUGGCUGAUUUGAGUUGA